UAAAAUAUAAACUUUAAUGAAAUUAUUUCUAUUUAAUAAAAAGUCCAUUUGAUAAAAUAUGUAUCUGAAUUCUUUUAACAUCCUAUAUAAGUGGAUCUUUACUUAUGUGCGUGUGUAUAUCUAAAAACACCUGCCGAUUUCAGUUGAGUUUUUAAAGUACACGUCUAAUUUUCUCGUGAGAUACCGCAUAACUUUGUGAUUUAAUUUCUAGAGAUAUUGAUUAGAAAAAAGUGUAAAUUUGUAAUAAUAUAUUUCAUAUUAAAAUUUAGGCAAUAUUGGAUCCCGUAAUUUUAAGAGGAUUUGUUCGAAUUGCAUAAUUCGAAAGAGAAAGGAAAAGUCUAUAUUAUCCGCUCGUCAGUUGGCACGUCAGUACCCAGGGAGCGCCAGUUCAUGGAUCAACAAUCGACUAUUAUCUUUACCUACACCGCUUUGUACAAACAAUAUUUACAUAACAUAUACAUAUACAUAUACAUGUGAUUUUAUGUACAGUCGAGUUUUCAUUAUUUUUAAAAGCAUUAUAAACCAUUGUCUUAAAAUUAAAACAGUUUGUAAUUCGUAGCAAUUAAUAGCUUACACGAUGAAAAAAUACUUUAAAUAAAAUAAUAAUGGGAUACGGAGAAUUCUUAUUAUUGUCUUAAUUUAACUAUGAAAAUUAAAAUAUGCUCUUACACUCUAAUAAGUCCGAUUGAUAUAAUUAAAAUUCUAUGACUGUAGUCUUAAUGCACACAUCGGCUCUCAUUAAUCGCCAAACACGUGUUACCGGUUCGGAAUCUUCUUUUUUGAAAUAUUUCUCAUUUCAUCGAGACUCGAGCCUCCUCUUAAUUUAUCGAUAACGCAUCACGUUGAAAAACCGGAAUUGACGUUGUUCACGAAAUAUAUUGCGAGCGGAACAAGAUACAGUCGAUUCGCAACGCGAAGUUAAUUUGUUAUCGAUUAUCGAGGAUUAAUGUUCGAGCAAGAUUCAUGAUUACGAUGUAAUUUGUAUAACCGUUUUUCGUGAAUAAUUUAGCGUGGAAUGGAGCAAAAACGGCAGAACUGUUCUACCAUUGAGAAAUCCGUCUGUCCGAAAUAUAUAAUUUGCGAUUGUCCCCAAUUACAUUUGAACGAAUACCGCCGAACAGAUGUGGGUUACACUAUAGAAAAACUACGAGAACUCGUAUCGGAUCCUGUCACUAGCGAUCAAACUCCACGAAUAUUGAGACUUUUGUGUGAUUAUCUGCAUAGGAUCGGUGACGAGGGUUACCCAGUCAAACAUCUGCCGGCCAUAAUAAAGGUGCUAGAAUUUCUAGCGUGGAACAGUAGAGAAAUUGAUGAUUACCGAGUGCAUUUGAACCAGAUGUUACAGUUAUGCAAUCGACCGCCUUUGCUGAAACACACUUCCGAGAGUCUCGUCAUUUCUCUCGUAAUGGAACAUUAUUUCACAUGUCUUGGUUAUCUUCUGACAAUUUUGCCUUUUGAGGAAGAUGUCCAACGAAUUUAUAACAUUCUUGAUUGUUUAUUAAUUGGACGGACAAAAUCAACGAACGUCGCGGCAGUGAAGUUGGAUUUUCGUCGCCGAGCUAUGGAGAAUUCCAAAUUACCGAUUAUUAUUGUCGAAUUGUUGAACGCUGCUAUGUCAAAGAUGUACCCGAAAAUGUUGGAACUGGCCUAUAUACUUGUUUCGGUCUCAAAUCAGUGUUGUUACAGAAUGCUGGAGGCCGGCAUAUUGAACACGCUGCUCACCAGAAUGGAUCUUCCUUACGCAACGCAACCAUGCUGCAGACCGCCGGACAUACCUCUUGAGGGAGAGGAAUAUCCGAGAGACACCAUGCUCUUGAUAAUAAAACUCUUAUGGAGUCUCAUGAGAUCGGCAUUACCUCCAAAAACGUUACCGGAACACCUGAAGGAUAUUCCUUCACCCAAGCAAUGCGCCAUGUGGUAUUCUUUAUCGAUAACAAUUAUUGAUAAUGUCCUAUUUCUGACGCAGUACAGGGGCUUAAGGUAUUCUUUCAAGCGGCAGAUACUUUACGGUCAAUACUGUGCCACCAAUUUAAGAAUCAGAAAUGAUAUUGCCGCGCUGAUUCUCGCUGGAAUCGUGGUUAUGCCUUCGUGGAAUCUUGCCAGUAGCGGUAUUGCUGAAGAUAUCGUCAAACUUUUAUCCGCAAUUGAAUCAGGCAUUACUAAAAUAUGGACAAAAAACAUAAAAUUCUCAGAUAGCACUGAAGAUCUCUUCUUUAAAAAGACCCUGCUGAUGAUCAUCGCACAUCUUGCCGACAUCGAUAUCUACGUUUUUAUAAUGAAAAAAGCCACGAUUAUGCCGAUUAUCCUUCGGAUCAUUAAAUUCUGCCUGAGCAAUAAAAAGGAUAAAGGAUCGCUGAUCCUGUUGGAGUACGCGAUGCAUAUUUUAUCGCUGUUAGCGCCACGAAUAGAGACAGAAUUUAUAAAGAAUAAAGGCACUUUCAUAUUAUUGGCAAUGCUCGAGCAAAUUUUAAAUAUGGAAUUCGAUGAACAUCUUGCGAUGAUUUUUAUGAGAACCAUCUGCUCGAUAAUUCUACAGGACAAUGUUCUUUUGUUGGAAAACUUUCAGAAAUAUGGAAUGAUAUCAUUAUUAAUUAAAUUAAUCAAUAAUAUAGUGAGUUUAAAUAAGCUCACGAUAAGAAGGCAACGAAUUUUAACGUUGCUGUUGAUUGCCUUAGAAGGUCUUGUGAGAAAACCAACGUCUGUUCAACACAUGUGUGAACAACAAAGUGUUGAUCUCGUUAUAGAGAUCUUCACAAAGUGUUUGUAUCCAAAAAACGAAGACUUCCAAGUGGAUGAACGACUCUUGCUGGCAAUAGGCUCAUACAUUUGGAAAUGCGUGGCACAAUGUCCUGCGAAUCUUCAAAUUUUCCUGAAAAACGGCGGAUUAUAUUCCAUGUUGGACAUCAUUGAGAUCGCGAGCUAUCCCGUAAAAUGUUUGUAUCUCGGUGCGCUAACCGAUAUAUGCGAUAAUACCUUUUGUGGACCAUAUCUCUGUACCUGGAGAGGUACUGAUAAAAAGAUAGGAUUAAUGUCCUUACUUGCGACUAUUUGGCGGGAAGAAGAAGAUAAAAUCGGUAUCAAAAGGCACAUUGACGGUUCUAUAGCAGAUCCUGAAUUGCCUCAGAUGGGCACUAAACAAUGGAUAGACACCUAUCAUACACAGCUUUCGACAGAUGUCAGUCCUACGAUAAUCGACAUGUUUGGUUCGGUGCGAUCAAGGAUCUUUAGCAUUUUAAAAAUCAUCGAGAGAAAUGACGAUAGAUAUGAAAUGGCUAAGAAGCAUUAUAAAAUUCUGCUCGACGAAUUAUCGACAAAAGAUCGCAUAACGCUAUGCUGCGUCGACAUGUACCUACGACUUAAGCUCGGCCAGAUGUGGACGGAACUCAGCAGAUAUUUGGAACAAGCUGAUGUUAUUCCGUUGAACGUGGACGCCAAUCUGAUCGCCCAUAUGGUGCAAUGGCACCAUUCAUGGGGUAUCUUAAUCCAGGACCGGCAAAGGAAGCUAAUCGCGGCAACUAAACGAGCGGACGAGAUUUUCGAAAAAGACGAAUUCGCGAAGAUACGUGACUCUAAGCUCGCACCAGCUCUGGAAGCGUUGAGCGAGGUGGAUCUUAUUCGUCGGACGACCGAUAGAUCAUACAGGUUACGGAAGAAAAAUCGGCAGAGACGACAAGUGCACGCAGCCCUGUCAUUCCCACGUGAGGCUGACGCCGAGCAAUGCCAUCGAACGUUUUCGGAUAAGACAAAUGUCACGGUUAUUCUCGGGCAACAUCAAUCGAUCGACACUUGGCAUUUAGAGGAUGCUCAGAAAGAUUGCACAGAGAUAUCUCCAGUGUCACUCCUCGAUUCACCCCACGAAGAAAUCUUUUCUUCACUCGAAGCUACUUCCUCGAAGCUACUUUCCGGUGAUUCCUGUUUUACGCUUGGUUUGUGAGCGAGUAUGUUAUCGAGAAUCUCAAUCGAUAAUCUACGCAUCACAAUUUAUAUCAUAAAAUAUUUAAUGAAAUGUAUAAAGUUACAAAAUUAAUUGCAAUAAAAUUGUAUCUCUCGAGACAUAUCCUCUUAUGCCUCGAACAAAAAGGAA